UGCGUGACAAAUAUAAAGUGGAUAUAUGUAUCAUCUACAUCAAUGGGAUUUUUUGGUGAGAUGGAUGAUGAUAUAGAAUAUAGCAGUCAUCAAGACAAACUAGAACCAAAAGCUACAUCACUCUAAUAGAAACAAGCACCAUCAAUAAGCAAGAGGAGAAAGAAGAAGUAGAAAGAAAGUAAAAAAUAAGACGUACGAUAUCAGGGGUUAUUUUAGAAAACUGCAGUCAAGUGUGAAGGGGUCAAAUGGAAUGAACAGAAUGAAAAUUAGAUUUCUCAUCGUUUUUGAACGACAAAAAGUCAAUCUUGACACGGGAGAUGUGUAUAUAUGUUUUUGCAGAAAAAUUUCUAAACAAAAGAAGGAACAAAAAAAAAUAAUGGAAAAAGUUUAAUGAGAUUGUCUAUGAACGAAAAUUUAAAAUUUUCUGUGUAUAUUAAUUAAAAAUUUACUUAAAAUUCAUGCAUAAAUAUUCUUAUUAUAACACUCGUGGAUUGCUAAUUUCGUUUUAAAACUUUUAAUGCUAUUCCUUUAAAGUGAAUAAAUUUAAGAAUUUUCAUCUCA